AUUUGAAACUCUGGAAGUCCGUGUUUCAGGUCCUUCUCCUUGUGAGCACUCACAUGCUCCCUAGAGGACAAGGACAGCCCAUAAGCAGCUGCAGCACAUCAGCCUCACAGAGUCUGGAGUGUUCUUUUGUUCUGUAGAGUACCUGAAAGUGGCCCUUAUCCAAAACCACCAUGAAAACCACGAUAUUCUUCAUUCUCUUGACCGCUGUGACUCGUUCAAGAGGCCAGUACCACUAUCAGGGUCUGAUGAACUACUUGGAAAACAGGAUGCUUGCUAUGGAGGAGCGCAUUGCCCUGUGGCAAGAACAGAACAACCGCUACAGCUCUGACCUAAAGGAAUUCAGGCAGCAGGCUGCAGAUCUGUUGGGAAAGUUGGGCAAGGAGCAUGAUAAAUUGCGUUCAGACAUGGAGGGCACAGGAGCAAGGGUAGACCGCGUGGAGCGUGAGAUGGACUACAUUGAAACCAAGAAUCCCCCUAAACCUUGUGUGAAAGCAGCAGACAAAAUGGUGGAACAAGACGUGGUUGUCAAAGAGGGGAAGAAGGAAGAGUUCUUUGAGUUGUCUGUGUGCGUGAACAUUGUAUCCAGUCUAAAAGCAAUGAAGAUCCUUAAGAGAUUGGGAAGCCCAAAAGGUGUCUGGACCAAAGAUGCCAGGUCAGCAAAAGUCUAUGUCUUCAACGGCACGUCCGAUAACACGCUGUACGAGUUCAACUCCGUGCGAGAGCUCUCAGCAUCAUCAGGCGUAUCUAAAGGCAAGCAGAUCACUGUGCCCACCGCUUGGAACGGGACCGGUCAUGCAGUCUACGAUGGCUUUCUCUAUUACGUCAGUGAAAGUUCAGAACUCCAAGUUAUCAAGUAUGACCUCAAGAAUGGUUUGGUUGCAGACAGCGCGGUCCUUCCCAUGGACGAUCACAGCCCGGUGUACCAGCUCAAUCCAGAGACACUGGUGGACCUGGUGGCAGAUGAGGAUGGGCUAUGGGCACUGUAUCCGGCUGGAGACACUAUUAAUCUUGCAAAGAUGGAUAUAGAUUCACUGGAUAUAGAGCAGAUGUGGGACACAGCAUGUCCAAGAAACAAUGCUGAAGCUGCUUUUAUUGUUUGUGGCACAGUCUAUGUGGUUUACAACACCAAGCCAUCGAGCCGUUCGCGUGUGCAGUGUGUGUUUGAUGUGAAUGACAUGGUAAGCAGCGGAGAGGCUCCUUUGAUUUAUUUCCCCAGGCGCUACGGGGCCCAUUCCAGCCUUAAAUACAAUCCUGAGGAGCGGCAGCUCUAUGCCUGGGAUGAUGGGUACCAGAUUCUGUAUAAACUAGUGCUGAAGAAGAAGUUAUGGGCGAUUAUGCCACCACCUGAGGAAUAGUGUCUCUUUUUUAGCAUUUAAAGGCCUUGUAUGCUCCUGGGUACAAAACGUUUGUGAUUUUCCUAAAGGAAUAGUUACUGAAAAUGAAAAUCCUGCCAUUAUUUACUCACCUUCAUGUUGUCAAGUUUGUAUGGAUUCUUUUUUGUGUUUCAAAAGGAACACAAAACCACCACUAAUGUUUUUCUUGAGUCAGAACUUUUAAAUGAAUUGGUUGAUCCAGUUCACAAAACCAGUCUGAAUGAUUUGUUCAUGAUUAAACCUGGUCUCAAGUUCAAAUCACGGAUUCAGUGAUUCAGUUGCAGCAGUUGACUGCUCACUGAAGGAAAAGAUUGUCUGCUUAUUAUAAACAACUUUAAUUUCGG